CAUCCAUCCAUCGACUUUCUUUCUUUAUAAAAUUCAACUAAAUAGUGCUAGAAGUCAGAAAAGAAGUGGGCUACUUGAUAGCUUUUGAAGAAAAGGAAAAUUAAAGAGAGAAGAAAAGGGAAAGAGGAGAGGAAUGGAGUUCCACAAGAGGCCUAACAGGAGUGAUGCUCACGUGUCAGUCGAGGAAGAGGCAAAACAAGAGGAGGAAACAAGAGGAUAUUUCGAGGGAAUAGCUCCUAAGCGUCACUCUAAGCCUCAACGCAGUGAGUAUUCCAUUCAAUACGUUGAUACGCUCACCACUAAUGGCGAUCAAAGCUUCAACCCAGAAUAUGUUGAGUUUCAACGUCUCGAAACUGAUCCUCAGAAAAUAAUUUCAAAUGAAAGCAGCAAAGUGACUGAUGAAUUUGUAGAGACAGAGUAUUACCAGGAUCUCAACUGUGUUGACAAGCAACACCACACGACAGGAACAGGGUUCAUCAAAACGGAGAACGAAUAUGGCAAGCGCUUCAGCCUAGCACCAGAUUCUACAUCCAGUUGCCAUGCCUCUUGCAAAGGAAAUCCAGCAACUAAUGAUUGGGUUCCAGCUGAUGCUGAUAUGGUGACUUCCGCUUCAGACAAGCCCAAGAGGAGUGACAAUUGAAAAGAAGGGUGGCUGGAGAUGUUAUCUUUGAAUAAAGAGCUAGAUCAUGCAUGUUUCUUUGCUUAUUGUCAGUCCGUACCAAGUGUUGACUGUCGCAAAUAAAGUCCCAACACAACAAUUGUUGCUUGAGUAAACGUAGCCCUUGAAUUUGUUCUGGGAAAAAACUGCAGCUUCUGUGCUUGUGAUAUUUGGGUGGAAACUCGUUUCUGAAGAAUAUAUUGUUUUUAUUUUUAUUA